AUGGCGCGCGAACGCAAAUAUGCCGGCCUUCCAGAUAUGGAUGAUGGGCAAGAUAUAUACGAGACAGCAGUGCCCGAGCUGACAGACGACACCUCAACAGUCCCCACAAAUGCCAAAGGCGGCAAUCACUCGGAUGACGAAUUCUACGAUCUAGAGGACCCCGAAGACCCCAUAUCUCGUUCCCGACUCCGAAUGAACGAUGCCCUCUCGCGCUUCCAAACCACCAAUGUGAACAUGGACAGCGUCGACUUCUCUGAUCGCGUGGAUGGAAAGCGCAAGUCAUACAAAGUCUCGAGCCGCCGGCAAAAGGUACGGGCGAAUGGGACGGUGGAAUACGGAGACCUGUCAGAUGAGGGUGACGACGAGGAGGGCUUGGACAGAAAAAUAGCCCGUUUAAAGAGGGAGGUGGAGGAAGCGAAAGAGGAGCUCGCCAAAAGAGCAACAGCAGCAGGAGCCGAGGAAGGGGAAAGGGAGUCUACCAUGACGGGAGAUGAUGGAAGGCCAACCAUGCGACUCGAGUCCAUGAGCGAGGUUCUUCAAGAGUUGUCCAGGUCUGCAGCUCAGCCUGGACCACUUCCAAAAGCGACCCCAGCUCCUGCUGGCCCAGCCGACGAGAGCGCCAUGGGAUCCAAAGCCACAUACACACUCACUUAUGCGCCUACCUAUGAGGAGAGCCAUGCGCUCGCUAAAACAGCCGACUUUGACCGUCGCCUUCUGACUUUGGAAAAGGGCCUGGGAAUCGCAAGCACAAUCAUGCCAGAGGUCGGGUCGGAUGGUCUCCCGCGGGCGAUCCUCCCCUCCCUUGAUGUUAUGGAAAAGCAGAUUGCGACUCUGUCGCAAGCGUCCGGACCCAGCCUUCGCGCCAUCACCGGCGAAGUCGAGGAGCUGGCUAAGAAACAAAAGGCACUUAACGACGCGAGGGACAAGGACAAAUCGUCGGGCGAGGGUGGCAGACCCGCCGAGUCCGACGCCAAAAUCAAUGCUCUCUAUGGAAUCCUUCCAACAAUCGAGAGCCUCUCGCCGAUGCUGCCGCCUCUGCUGGACCGCCUGCGCUCCCUCCGAGCUAUCCACGCGGAUGCCGCAUCGGCCAGCGAGACACUGGAGAGGCUGGAGAAGGACCAGGCAGAAAUGGCCGCGGAGCUGAAGCAGUGGAGGGUCGGAUUGGAGAAGAUGGAAGAGGCGAUGAAGGGAGGUGACGAGACCGUUCAGGGGAAUAUGAAGGUGAUGGAGGGUUGGGUCAAGGGGCUGGAGGACAGGAUGGACAAGCUGAAAUAG